GCAAAAUCGCGUCACAUUGCAUUUGCCCGCUCCCAUGCUGUCGCUGACGCAAAUCGAGCAGUUCCUCGACACUGGCGUCCUUGUAGUCGACGACGUGCUGACGCCAAGCGAGGUCGCCAGUGCGCGCGCAUCUCUUCACGAUGAGCUGAAGAACUAUGGCGUUGACCACAAUGACCUUCCAGCAACAGCAGCGAACCUCAAGCUCCUUUCCAGCACAGGAGGGGCCGGUGGUAUCCUCGACCUCUUUUAUCCGUCAUGGCGCCUCGCUGUGGCGGAGCAUCCCCACGUCUUCAAGGCCAUGUCCGAGCUCUGGGCUGCUACAUACGCAUCGGGCGAGCUGGACCUCUUCCGCCACCCCUUUGGCGAGUUCAACGCGACCGAGGGCUACAUAUACGUGAACCGCGUCUGCUACCGCGUGCCUGAUGCAGUCUCAGCUGGCGCCGUCGAUGGCGUGUCGAAGCGCAAGGGCAAGAAACAACUUCAACGGUCCUUGACGCCACAUGUCGACUGCUGUCCGACCAACAUGUAUGCCACGGGGAAGGAGUUUCCGCGCUGGCGCCCCAUCCAAUGCAUUACAGCACUUACCGACAACCUCGAUGCGUCCACCGGUGGCUUUGAAGCCGUUCGCGGCUUUCACAAAGAGUUUGCUGGCUACUUCGCCUCAGCAGGCCAUGCUUCUGCCGACGCGAGACCACCGGUCUGCCUUGGAGAUUUCUCGCCGUUGCGCAUGCAAGAAGACCGCGACGUCAUUAGCCGCUACGAGCAUAUUCCAUGCCGCGCCGGCAGUGUCAUCUUCUUCGACUGGCGCAUCCCGCACGCCAAUAGCUACCGCCACGUCGGCUCGAUUCCUCGAGAAGUCAUUUACACCGGGUUUCUUCCCCGUGUUUCCAUCAACGAAGCUUACGCCAAGGAGCAACUUCGCCGGUACGAAGCUCGCUUACUGCCCGCUGACCAUUGGCAGAAAGGCAGCGCAGGUCCAGGAAAGGUCGACGAGCGCUUCUCCGAACACGAUUUUUCGCUCCUCGGUCGUCGCUUGAUGGCCAUGGAACCUUGGUCAACGACCUACACCGCAGAGUAGCGAUGAUGAACUUGAGAAUAGCAUGAAAUGCAAGUCUUUUUGCCUCGGUG